CAGGAGCUUGGGACCCGGCCGCUGUGCUGCGGGGGAAGGAAGCAGCCGCGCGUCGCGCUUCCGGGGCCGCGCUCCCUUCGCCAGCGUCCAGCCGCAGCAUGGGGCCGCUGCCGCGGACCCUUGAAUUAUUCUACGAUGUGGUGUCCCCUUACAGCUGGCUGGCCUUCGAGGUCCUGUGCCGGUAUAAGAACAUCUGGAACGUCAACCUGCAGCUGCGCCCGACCUUAAUUGCAGGGAUCAUGAAAGAUAGCGGAAACAAGCCGCCAGCUUUGCUUCCCCGCAAAGCCUUAAACAUGAGACAUGACAUUAGGCUCCUGGGACUGCAUCUCCAGAUUCCCAUACACUUCCCCAAGGAUUUCUUCUCUGUGAUCCUUGAAAAAGGAAGUCUUACAGCCAUGCGUUUCCUCACCGCUGUGAAAUUGGAGCACCCAGAGAUGCUGGAGAAAGUGUCCAGGGAACUGUGGAUGCGCGUCUGGUCACGGGACGAAGACAUCACGGAGCCCCAGAGCAUCCUGGCUGCUGCACAGAAGGCUGGCAUGUCCGCAGGACAAGCCCAGGAACUUCUGGGAAGGGUUUCAACACCGCAGGUGAAGAAUCAGCUCAAGGAGACCACUGAGGCAGCCUGCAGAUAUGGGGCCUUUGGACUGCCCGUCACUGUGGUCCACCUGGAUGAUGAAAGCCACGUGCUGUUUGGCUCUGACCGGAUGGAGUUGCUGGCACACCUGCUGGGAGAGAAGUGGAUGGGCCCCGUGCCUCCAGCUGUAAAUGCCAGACUUUAAGGGAGCCCAGAGGAAGCAAAAUUAUUGGUGUAAAAAAGCAGACCAUCUGCUUACCCCUCCUCCACCACGGGGCCCUGGGACUCUGGUGUCCUAUCUGAUAGGGGUUCUUCUCUGGCUCUGGGGGAUGCCGGGGAGGGGCUGUGCAGAACACCAUCUACCAUGACUCUCAUGGCUGCUGUUCCUUCUGUGCCUCACAAGUGCCUUUCAAGAGCCCCAAACUCUGCUUCCCACAAAAUAAACCUAAUGCCAUCAGGCAUCAUA